CGCGGAAUGAGCAAGCGGGUCAGGCAGGCAGCAUCAUGGCUUUGCCUUUUUCUCGGCCCCGCAGCGGCUCCCUGUCUGCGGGCUCAGUGCGCCUCCUGCCGGGCUCCUAUGCCGGCUCGGUGCGCGGCAACUCCAGUGGCUCGGACUCCUGGUUCUCCUUGUCCCGUCUCCACGCGGCGCUGCCCGCGGCUCGAGCCAGUCUAGAUCAUGUGGAUCCGAUUUUGCUGGGCCCGGGCCGGCAGCAGGAGGCUCUGCAAUGCCUGAACGAGCGUCUGGCUGGCUACCUGCAGCGGGUGCGGGGGCUGCAGACGGCCAACCAAGCCCUGGAGGAAGAAAUCGCUGCUAUUCGGGCGCGCAGGGCUGGGGCCGUCGGCCAUAAAGACUGGGAAGCCUGCGAGCGGCCCAUGGCCGAGCUGCGCAAGCAGGUUGAAGAUCUGAACAUGGAGAAUGUCAAACUGCUUCUGCAGAUAGAUAAUGCCAGGCUGGCGGCUGAUGACUUCAAGCAUAAGCUGGAAGCGGAGCAAGCUGUGUGUGACAGUGUGCAAAAGGAUACCUAUGGGCUGCGCAAAAUGAUAGAUGACACCAACUUCCUACGCAUGAAGCUGGAAGGAGAGCUGGAGUCCCUCAGAGAGGAACUGGCUCAUCUACGCAAAAGCCACAAAGAGGAAGUAGAGGCUCUUAAUGCCCUGAUCACCAACUCUGAUGUAACAGUGCAGGUGGACAAUCCACAGAAGCAAGACCUGAGUGAGAGGAUUGCUGAGAUCCGCAACCAGUAUGAGAAAGUGGCUGACCAGAACCGUGCAGAUGCUGAGAACUGGUACAAAAACAAGUUUGCUUCUGUGGCCCAAGAGGCUGAUGUGAACACCCAAGCACUAGAGGAAGCCAAAAGCGAGUUGACGGAGCUUCGUCGGCAGCUACAAGGUCUGGAGAUUGAACGCCAGACUCUUCAGAAAAUGGUGGAUACCCUGGACAACACCUUGAAGAACACAGAGAAUCGCUAUCGCAAUGACUUGGGCAAUCUCAACCGUGUCAUUGUCAAGUUGCAAGAUGACCUGACAGCCUGCCGGGCUGAACUGGAAAGGCAGGCCCGAGACUAUGAAGCUCUUCUGGACCUCAAGACCAAGUUGGAGAAUGAGAUAGAGCACUACCGUAGUCUGAUUGAGGGAGCAACAGACAGAGGAGAGCUGCAGAAUGCAGGCAAAGCAGACACAAGGAGACAAACAAUUAAGAAGGUAGUGGUUAUGACGCAAGAGAUUGUGGAUGGGCAAGUGGUGGCACAGACAUCCGAGGAAGUGAUCCAGUAGGCUCAUCUGUUUCAGUGCACUGCUAAUCUCUGUAUCACCAAUUUCUACUACUGAAUAAAAUCACAUUCAAACA